AGCGGAUCGGUCUGUGUGUGCUCUCUUUGCAGCGCGAGCAGGAAGCUGGUGCCGGCUUUGGGGUCUCUGGGUUCCAGGCAGAAGCACAGCCUCCCCGACCUGCCCUACGACUAUGGCGCCCUGGAGCCUCAUAUCAACGCCCAGAUCAUGCAGCUGCACCACAGCAAGCACCACGCGGCCUACGUGAAUAACCUGAAUGUCGCCGAGGAGAAGUAUCAGGAGGCGCUGGAGAAGGGUGACAUUACAGCUCAGGUAGCUCUGCAGCCGGCAAUAAAGUUCAACGGUGGAGGCCAUGUCAAUCAUUCCAUUUUCUGGACAAACCUGAGUCCUAAUGGUGGAGGAGAACCCAAAGGGGAAUUACUGGAAGCCAUCAACCGUGACUUUGGUUCCUUCAGCAAAUUUAAGGAGAAGUUGACCGCUGUAUCUGUUGGCGUCCAAGGCUCGGGUUGGGGUUGGCUUGGUUUCAACAAGGAACAGGGACGCUUACAGAUUGCUGCUUGUUCUAACCAGGACCCCUUGCAAGGAACAACAGGUCUUAUUCCAUUGCUGGGAAUUGAUGUGUGGGAGCACGCUUACUACCUUCAGUAUAAAAAUGUUAGACCCGAUUACCUGAAAGCUAUUUGGAAUGUAAUCAACUGGGAGAAUGUAACUCAGAGAUACAUGGCGUGCAAAAAGUAGAGCGUCAGCCUUACACUGAGUACAUGGAGCUCUUUGUGACUGUUUGUAGUAGUGCCGAGUCCCGCGGUGUACCAGUAAGCUGCUCUGUUGUAGUGUUUCUGAAUGUAGCUUAUUCAGAUAAUUGAUAAAAAUAAUUUACUGCUAGGAGCAAUUUCCUUUAAAAUUUUGUUUUUAGGCAACUCUUUGAAAAUGUUAAAUGCUUUGUGUGAUUUAGUCUUUCGAUUGAGCAGCAUUUUUUUCAGAGAGCUAAAGUAGCUAGGAGGUUAUAAUUGCCGUCGUAAAACCAUCAAAAACAUUGCAUCCUGGUAUUGUCGGGGCCUCCGAGAAAGCCUUUCUAAUACUGUCCUGUUGCAGUUACAGAAAACCUAGUUUUUUUUUUUGCCCUAGUUGUUUAAUAAUAAAAUACUACAUUUAUUUCCCAAGGGAAAUACUCAGUUUUCUAUUGAAAAUUGACCUUUUUGUAAGUAAUCCUCUGUCCAGUAUUACUUCUGGCAGGUAUCACCCAGUGGUCUUGAGUUAUUUAUGAUCACAUGUUACACAAGGUUAACACUAACCAUUUUGUCAUUAAAAUAACUUGAUUUUCAAUUGACAAUUACUUGAUUAGGAGAAGGAAUUUUUCUGC